UCCAAGGCCGCCUGGGGCAGCCGAGGAGGCAUGUGAGGGCCUGCGGCUGCAGCAGGGCGGAGAGGAGCCCCUUCCCCACCGCCCCCCGUCUCCUGGUGCUAGCGGGGAUGGGGCGGAGGCUGCUGUGAGGCUGACUCCCCCCGAGGAGAGGCUGGGGCGCCCGGCCCAUGUUACUGCAAUGCCAGGCCCCUGGGCUGUCAGUUGUCCAGCAAGAAUAAUUAUUAGGCCAAAAAUGCUUGAGCAACCAAAACUACUUCGUAGGCCUCUGCCUCCAAAGCUGCUACCUGAACUGCCUAUGCCAAGGAGAACACCUAUAAAGGGCAGGAUUCCUGGAAAACACCGACCUGGAGUGAUAAGAAGCACAAAUGAUGAAGACAGUAAUAUUUUUUCCAGUAGUUAUUUCAGUGGUCAAACACAAGUCCAGCCCAAAGAUGCACAUCUCCUUCUUGACCAAAAUUCCAGUGGUCAAACACAAGUCCAUCUCAAAGAUACUCACGUCCUUCUUGAUCAAAAUCUAAAAAAGGAGUUGACUGUUACUGCUCCUUAUUUUUGUACACCUGCUGGCUGCACAUUGCAGAAAGAUGGUAGAUCCUCUGACAUGGACGUUCUAGCUCCCCCCGAGGAGAGUGAUUCUGUUUAUAGGUCUUUACCAGACAUUGCUACUGCUGCAAGCACAACUGACAAGGACAGAAUUACUCUUUCUGGCUAUUAUUCAAGCAGUCGAACAUCACUCCAGCUCAAAGCAAAUCUUUUUCCUGAUCAAAUUCUUAAAAAUAUUAUAACUCCAACUCCUAGUGGUCCCGCCAGCUUCCCAUUACACAAACAUCGUAAAUCCUUUCGCAUGCAGCUUCUUGGUUUACCGAAGGAUGAGCCUGCUUAUUUUACGUUUCCAGAGUUUACCUUUGGAAGCUUAGCUGCAGUGUCCUCUUCUCACCCAUCACCUGUGAUUGCAGCCGUUAGAAAGCCAGUUGUUUCUCACUGUAACUAUCAAAAACUCACUACCCAGUUGACCAGUAAAGUGAGAAAGAGCAUACAGACUGAAGUUAACACAACGAUAUUGUCCGAUAAUGAGUUCCCAGUAAUUUCACAAAGAAAGCCUGAGAGACAGAGUAUCAUAGAAAUGGCUUUGGAGGAGAAAAUGAGAAAAUCUAGCUCAUCGGAACAGAUUUUAGAAGAAGGUGAUGAAGGAAAAGGAUCUUUUACAGACAAUUUAAAGCUGUACACUCAUGGACCGAACAAAAAAGUGCCUUCUUCAGAACCUGAUCUUACUCUUGAUGAUGGUACUAUAAAGGGUAUCCAGGGAUUUGGGUACCAGAAUUUAAGUGAGCAGGAUGAACAAGAACAGCUGAUGGCCAGGUCCAGAAUGGCAGUUUUAUAUUGCAUAAUGCAUAGCAGAAAUGCACUUAAUCUUAAGGGCUAUUUUCUGACUCUCCUUCCAGACCUUACACCUUUAGUCGACACUUUGGUGUAUCUUAACCUGUCUUUCAAUGACUUACACUUCUUUCCCAGGGAGGUAUAUAAUAUUAAAAACUUAGAAGUACUGAAGCUCCGAAACAACCCCAUCAAAGAGAUUCCUGAUGAUGUCCACAGACUCAAGACACUUAGGAUCCUUAACAUGUCCUUCAAUUUACUAUCUGUCCUUCCCACUGGGCUGUUUUUAUUACCAUACCUUAGUUAUCUGGAUGUUUCCUUCAAUGAUAUUAGCGUUAUCCCUCAUGAAAUCAGGAAUCUCAGGGCACUGGAAUAUCUGAAUGUUGAAGGAAAUCAGCUGUGUGCCUUGCCUUGUGAGGUUUUGAGACUUCCCCUGAAACUCCUUAAUACAGAGAAUAAUUUAAUGCAUCCCUUCUUAUGGAAAGAAAACAGCCAGAACCAAUCACAGAGACUUACUGAUCUGGCUGCCCUUUGCUUCUCCAGAAACAAGAUGUGGCAAAGAUAUACUGAGAUCUCAAAGGAUAUUCAAGAAAUAUUAAACAACUGUAGUGUCUGUGACUGCUGCAAAGGACCCUUGUAUGGUCAAGGACUUCGUCUCAUUCGAUCGUGCAGGAACAUAUUUAGAUUCCGCAAACUUCCUUUUCUCUUUAAUGCCUGCUCACCAUCCUGUUACAGCAACUUCAUGUCUCAGACUGACUCUUUGACUCGAAUGCUUUAUGGAAAUUGAUCUGGACUGCACCAUAGAAACCGGUGAUAGAAUGCAGUUAAGAAAUAUGAGGUCUUGUAGGUCAUGUUGUACAAGAAAAUAGCUUGUGAUACUGGAAUGUUUAGGAUCACUUUCUCUGUGCAAUUAUCAUAUACUCUUUAAACUGCUUUCUGGCCUAAAUGUUCUAUUUUUAUUUGGAAAGGAGACUUUGCCUGUUUAGGUUUGUUUGGGAUCACUCACUAGCCUUCUCGUGUGCUGUGUCGACAUACCCAUAGUUCCCAGAGGAGUGUGGACGUAACCUGGUUUUGAUUUGAACAUGAUUAAAGUAUGCUAGUAAAACUGCUUUUUUCCCACUGGUAUAAAAAAUGCUUUAAAGUGCUACACUAUCUGCCACAGACAAGACACUAAUUUGGCUAUUAGUAAUUGUUAAAUGGCACAAUUACAGAAAGGUGCCUCUUGAACAUGUCUGCAACCCAGACUCAAUAUACUGUUGGUAAUCCAGAUGCAGAGUCUGUAUGUGGGCUAAGAUUCUCAAAAACAAUUAAUGAUUUUUUGUCAGCUGGAGAUACCUCAAGGAGGCCUGAUUUUUCAGAAAGUGCUGAGCACUCAGUCCGAAAAUCAGACUUUGUUAAAUUGUCUCAAGUUGGCACCCAAAAUCACUAGUUGCUUUUGGAAAUCUUGGCCACAGUGCAUAUUUUAUUACAAAUAGCUUUGAUAAAGGAAAUUAACGCUAAAGUGAAGUUUGCUAGAUAGUAUUCUCAUUUAUUUGAACACAAGACAGACUCCAAUUGUCUGGCCAAUUACAUGUAUGUAUAUGUUUGUAUAGUCCUUAAUUUUGUUAAUGUGAAAACCCAAGAUAGGAGAUUGCCAAAGGAACCCUGUAAUUUGUAUUUAAAGGAUGUUUGGGCUAUGCCUGUUUUUUAUAACGCUGUAUAUAAUGUGACAUUGUCAAAUACAAAACAUUGGUUGGUGGAAAAUGUUUAAUAAAAAAUUAAACUUGAGGGCAGAAGAAAAAUUUGCUCUGCAAAUUUCAAAAUAUUGUCAGAUUUCCUAAGUAGGAAGUCUGAAUUUCUUCACCCUCAGUCACCAGUUUUGAUUUGAUGGGCUUGCUCUCCUCAAAAUAGCUAGUAGCGGCAGGAGCAGCAGCCAAUAGGAGCAGAUGGUUUUGGUGGCAUCUGUCGAAAGACCUUUUAUGGCUGAUGUCUUUCCCCAAAAUCUCCUCUGUUUCAGGGAAGUAUAGUCACAACAGAAAUGCUGAUAGUUCAGUAUUUUGCUUGUUUGAUGUUGUAAUGGUGUGUUCAUCCCACAUAGGCCAUGAAGUGGGCCUGAGAGACCAAUUUUAACCCACGUGGUUGCAACUGGAGGGUGAGCCAGACAUAAUUAGAGAAGAAGUCAAACUGGGUUGUGGUUAUUAGAAAGAGAGGGAACCUACCAUAGAAGAAUACUGCACGGGGAGAAAAAGUAAGUCUUUGGUCACUCUGUGGGAUUAGAGAGACCAGGACAAUUGAGGAGUAAGCCCUGGUAUCCUUGCCUGGGUGUAGAGAAGGCUGGUAUGUGGCCAGGAGAGACAGGGAUCAGCCACUGGGGUGGAGCUGGUUCUAGAGAUAUGCCCUGAAAGAAAGCAGCAUCUGGUCUUCUAACGAGGGAGUCCUGGGAGUCAGUCAGGGAAUAUAGCAGGGAACUGAAAGAGGGAUGAAAGGUCAAGCCCAAGGAAGGCAGAAGUGGGGUUAAAUUUUAAUUGUAGGUUUGGGAUUUUGUUGGGGGAUUCCAGGUGAGGGCCCUGAAAGUAAGAAUAACGUAGAGAGGUUGCAGGGGAGAAGGCAUGAGUGAGGCAUGGGAGGGAGAAGUCUAAGGUCUGGUCUGCACUACAGACCUAUAUUGGUAUAACGACAUCACCCUGAGUGACAUAGUUAUACCGACCUAACCCUCCCAUCAAUGUAGCUACCACCUCUCAAGGAGGUGGAUUAACACCCACAAGAGAGUUUUCUACUGUCAGCUUACAGCAACUUAAAGUGUUACAGCAGCGCAAGUUGGCCAAGGCAGCAUUUUAAGUGUACACAUGCCCUAAGGAGGUGACAGCAAGAAGUCUGGGGCCAUGAACUUUGCCAAUCUGUCCUAUGGAGUAGGAGGGCUGGGUUUCCCUACCAGCCACUGGUAAAGUGGUGUGAAGCCCUGAGAAGGGGCCAAGGAUGAUGGAGAGCCCUGAAAGAAAGGUGUGAGGACUACAGGAUUCUGAGGACUGAAGAUCUUUUUGUCAGCAUAUUUGAACUUUUAUUUGUUGGACUUUGUUACCCCAAAAGGGGUGAGACUAAACUGAUCUGUACACCUGGGGGACUUCUGCACCUAAAAAUUCUGUACAAAAUAGUCUGCAAAAUUCUGCAUAUUUUAUUUGUCAAAAAAACACAAUA